CUUGGAAUGCAAUUUCUCUGCCUCAACUGAUGUCCCUGGUCAGAGCAGGCACCGGGGAAACAAGGCCUGAGAGUCAAAACUGUGAGUGGGGAACUUACACAGUGCGUCAGUCAUGAGGGAACCAUGAUAAUGCUGAAACUCUGGACUCUCCUUUUUGCCUCUGCGCUGAUCAUUUGUCAGAUGUACGUCUCGCAGGCAGCUCCAUCCAGAAACAGUAAGGAGCCCUUGUCAGAUGGAAUCACACUAUCCAGCGACGAUGCGCAAAAGUUACUCAGAGCGAUCAAGGACUUCAUGCAGAUAUCUUCAGAUGAGCAAGACCACCAGACAGCUGAUGGAAGCAGCUUGGACAGACCCGUGUCUAAGCGCUGCACCGGCUUGAGCACGUGUGUGCUCGGCAAACUCUCCCAGGACAUUCACAAACUGCAGACCUAUCCCCGCACCGACGUGGGAGCAGGGACGCCUGGCAGGAAGAGAAGUCUAUCCGAGCAAUUUGACAACUAUGGCAACUCAUACAACUGAGACUGUGUUUUUUUUUUUAAAUUUAGAUCACCUUGUCUGUCUAACUUUAAUGUUUGCUUGUUCAUCCAACUCCAUCCAUUCACAAGACUGCUGAUGCAUGUGGAUCCUGUUUUUCUGACUAACUUCGAGGACACAUCCCUGCUUUAACUUCCACUGGCCAACAUUAGAUUACUGACAAAGACAUAAUAACUUGGAUCAGCUGCAAAUGUUGUGUUACCGAGACAGUUCUCUAUAUUACAAUAAAAUAUAAGAACAACUCCAAACCUUUCUACUGUUAAAUUCUCUUUUCAUUGUAAUUAUGUUUCCAGUACAAUGCAUUAAUCUUUUACAUGGGAUCUGAAACAAAAAACACACUUUACUCUCUGAGUUAAAAAAAGUUAAGGAGAAAAGGGUAAGCAUGAUUGUCUAUGAUGCACACUAUUAUUGGUAUAUUUCUUUCUACUUAUUUCAGUUGUGUUUAACAAUAUUGUUCAAAGUCAGUCUUGUUGAUCAUGACCAUCCUAAUAAACUGUGUUCACUGUCCUUUCCAUUCUUAAAAGUAAUGCAACAGCACAGAAGCGGGCAUGCAACACAGCUACCUGUGUAACCCAUCGCUUGGCUGACUUCCUGAGUCGGUCAGGAGG